AUGGCAGACUAUAAGAACUAUUUAGCGGCGAGGAUACUAACGGAGGAUAAAGUGGUCACAUAUCGACUGCUCAGCCGAGCUGUCAAGGUCCAUGUCAACACCGCGAAGGAAAUGCUCUAUGAGUUCCAUAGUCAACAGAAUGCAAAGAAACCGGGAACCAUCCACGCAACCUAUAUUGUCAGCGGCACGAAACGAAAGGAGGAACCGGCCACACAUGCAGGCGUGAAGAAGGCUGGCGAGGAUGAAUAUAUGCAGAGCAGUCCUUUCAUGGGCAGUUCCAUGCCUCAGACGGAAGAUAAUACAGAGGAGUGUUCGGUACUAAGCAUAUGUCUGACCCGAGAGGAAGAUUUGGAGGGCUUGCUCGCUCAAUAUGAGCAGGUUACUUCAAUACAUAUUUAUAGUCUUGGGCCCCAUCCACUGAAGGACCUACAAAUACUGUCCGAUGUAACGCGUGAGAUUCAAGAGCUAUCCGCAAAUGAUGAUCCCCUCGAAUCUUCCGCAAAGUAUGGCACAAUAGUGAACCCACGAGCUCGACGACGAGCCGUGCGGAGACCACCUCCGGCCGCAGUACCAGUAAAACCCGAGCCUUCAAAGGCCAAACCCGCCGACCCAAAAACAGCUCCAGUUCCCAAAACCGAAGAACCAAAGGCACAGCCUUCAAGUGCCAAAGAAUUCUUUGGCAAAGCAAAAGAGAAGCCAAAACCAGGCAACGCCUCUAGCAAAGAAUCAACACCAAAACCCCCUCCAGCACUCAAACGCGACUCAUCCAACUUUUUUAAAGCUUUCGCCAAGGCGAAACCAAAAGAGGGAACAGACAGUUCAGCCGCAGCAUCCCCAGCUCUCAGCGCGGCAGAGGAUGAGCCGAUGAAAGAUGUAUCGGAUGACGAAGAGGAAACAUAUGUCCCACCACCGCAACCUUCGAAGGAGAUUGUGGAUAGUGAUCGAAAGAAGAGAAAAGAAAGAGAGGAGGCAUUGAGAAUGAUGAUGGAGGAUGACGAGGACGAGGAGCCGGUCGUUGCCGAGAAAGUAGAAGCCGUUGAAGAAGAGGAGCGCCCCAAAUCAAAAUCCGAGUCUGUCGAGGCGAAGGAGGAGCCUGUCGUAGCUGGUGAUGGAAGGAAGAGAGGGAAAAGACGGGUCAUGAAGAAAAAGGCUACUAAGAAUGCGGAGGGAUACUUAGUUACAAAGGAAGAGCUCGUAUGGGAAUCAUUCUCCGAGGAUGAACCUGUUGCACCGCCGAAGUUAAAGACGCAAACUUCCGCAACAGGAACAAAGGGGAAGAAACCAGCUGCGAAGGCGGGCCAGGGUAGUAUAAUGUCGUUCUUUGGGAAGAAAUGA